CGGUCUUUUUGGUCGCAGUGUGUGGUGCAUGGCGUGUAGAUGUUAAAUAUGGCGUUGCUCGCCCGUGCGAGUGGAAAUGCCUUCCAAUAUUCGAACAGUUGGUUUUACAAAUUUUCACUCAACUGUAUCUGUUUAAAAAUUUACCACAAUUCCCCCGGUAUCCUCGCUUCGUACUUACAAAGCAGUGUGAAUACGCGACUCUGCGGUACAGGCACCGCUCAAAUACCUACUAACAAACAAAAGUACGUGACAUACGAUGAUAUUAUGUUCGAGAGGCGAGAUCAGGCACGUCGCAGUAUUUUGGUUCAAGUACAUUCUCAACAAUCAAGUAGUGAGCUCUACGACUAUUGUUCACAGUAUGGAAAAGUGAAAGAAAUGCAUCAUUAUACAGUGAAAGAUAAUUUGCAAUUUCUCCUAAUCGAGUUCUCAUCGCUGGCUGACAUCGAGUCGAUAAACUCAGUUACAAUGCAUGCAAAAGGCAAUCAAGGCUUGCCCAUCACAUCUCCCAUAGUGUGGUUUCGUGCUGCUACCAAGUUAAAGAAAGGCAACUCAUUUUCUAGAGAUAUACCAUUGCAAGCAACAAAUGCCAAGCUCUUUCCAUCCAAGGAAAUGAUCGCCAACGAGUUAUACAAUGCCACGUCGGUUUCCGAUCAGAUGAUGAUUCUACAUGAUUUGACAAAAUUAAAUGAUACCGAUACUAGACUAAGAUUUCUUACAGCGAGACAAAUAGAGACAUGUCUGUUAGGAAUGUUCCCAGAUAUCUCGGUGCUUCCCUUCGGGUCGAGCGUUAAUGGAAUAGGUAAGCACGGCUGUGAUCUAGACCUGGUUUUAAGGUUGCAAGAUGAUAUCAAGAAAAGUGUACACAGCAGAUUGAUUUACCAUACUAAAGUAGUGGCAGAUUUAAAUGAACGAAAUCAAACUCAAAAAGUAAUGGAAAUCAUAUCUGAUAUAAUGACGCAAUUCCUCCCUGGAAUAGCAAGUGUACGAAGGAUUUUUAAAGCACGUGUGCCCAUAAUUAAAUACAACCAAACUCUGACUGGCUUGGAAUGUGAUCUCAGUAUGACCAAUACGGUAGGUAUAUAUAUGUCUGAACUCUUGUACCUCUAUGGCGAAUUAGACUGGAGGGUAAGACCCCUGAUUUUCACUGUGAAAUUAUGGGCUAGUUCUGUGCAAUUGACAAACAGCACCCCUGGCAGUUGGAUAACUAAUUUUGCCUUGACGCUACUCAUUUUGUUCUACCUCCAGCACAGACAAGUUUUACCAACGGUCAAACAGCUCGUUGAAUUAGCAGAUAAAAAUGAUGUUCGGAUAGCAGAUGGGCACGUCGAUUGCACUUUUCUACGUGACAUAUCCAAGCUGCCGGCAUCAUCUACCAAAAAUGAUGAGACCUUGGAAGAACUUCUCAAGAAUUUUUUCAUUUACUAUUCAGAUUUCGACUUUGCGACAAAGUCCGUUUCCCUAAGCGACGGAAUUCCAAUUUUCAAGACAGAAGAGUCUAACAUAUAUAUUCAUAAUCCUCUCGAGCAUGGUUUGAAUGUGACUAAGAACAUGAAUGUCCCAGAAACUGAACGGCUCAAGAUCGAAAUGCGAAACGCAGCGUGGUUACUGGAAUCUAUUUCUGCAGAUAGAAAAAAGGCAUGGGGCAUAUUGUCGUUGAUGUAUCAGAGACUAUCUAAUUUGGCAUCUCUAAACCUCGAACACAAGACCAGAAUGGUUGAAGUUUCGACGUUGUUCCGGAAUCCACAGACCGCCGAGGGUGGUAGAACGUGGAAUGGUCCUAGAGACUCCAGCAAUGUUACUGUUGCUAAUUACAGUAACGAUACGGAAAAAACGACUAGUACAAUUAUUAAAAGUAACGAACGUCACGAGGUUGACAAGGGUAACUCCCGAAGCGGUCACAGGCAAGAAAGAAGGAGGAGAUGAGGUUACACGGUCGAUAGUACAGAAACGAUUAACGUAAUUGCGAACAACUCGUCUCUCACUUCAUCGUAUAAAUUUACUCCACUAGAGUUCUGCCAUGCGACAAAUGUAAUGAUAUUUUGUACAGACAAACGUUAUAUCCAAUACACUCAUAAGAUUUCGUAAUUAA